AUGGCCCUGGAGGAGAAGCGGGAGAAGCGCCCGCCCGUCACCCCCAUGAUGAUCGAGGAGGAGGCCGCCUUGCGGAACGGCAGCCGGGGGCUGCCGCCGGGACCCUGGGCCGAGACGGCGGGGCCAAGACCCCGCACCACGGAGCGGCACAUCGCCGUGCACAAGCGCCUGGUGCUGGGCUUCGCUGUCUCCAUCCUAGCCUUGCUGGCGGUGACCAUGAUCGCCGUGCUGCUCAGCGUCCGCUUCGAGGACUGCGGCGCCGCCGCCGACAGUCCGCCGCGGGCCGGCGGCAACGGGAGCCUCUCGGGGGCAGCCCGGCAGCCGCCCGGUGCGGGGCAACCCCCCGGCCGGCCGGAGGAGGAGGUGCGGGGCGGGGAAGCGGCGGAGGAAGAGGAGGAGGAGGAGGAGGAGUGGCAGCGGCGGCGGGAGCUGCCGCCCUGGGCCCGGCCGCGGCUGCCGCGGCACCUGCGGCCCCUGCACUACAACCUGAUGCUGAGCGCCUUCAUGGAGAACUUCACCUUCAGCGGGGAGGUGAACGUGCAGCUGGAGGUGCGUAACGCCAGCCGCUACAUCGUGCUGCACGCCCACCGCAUGCACAUCGAGGCGGUCCGCGUGGCCGAGGACAAGCUAGCCGGCGGUGUGCGGGUGGCCCGCACCUUCUUCUACCCCCAGACCCAGGUGUUCGUCGUGGUCCUCAACCGCAGCCUGGAGGUGCAGAGAAGUUACAACCUUAAGAUCAUCUACAACGCUCUCAUCGAGAACGAGCUGCUGGGCUUCUUCCGCAGCUCCUACGUCAUCCACGGCGAGCGAAGGUUUCUUGGUGUUACGCAGUUUUCUCCUACUCAUGCCAGAAAAGCCUUUCCUUGCUUUGAUGAGCCCAUCUACAAGGCUACAUUCAAAAUCAGCAUCAGACAUCAAGCAACUUACUUAUCUUUGUCCAAUAUGCCAGUUGAAACUUCUGUUUUUGAAGAAGAUGGAUGGGUUACAGAUCACUUUUCACAGACCCCUCUCAUGUCCACCUAUUAUCUGGCUUGGGCAGUGUGCAAUUUUACAUACCGGGAAACUGUUACCAAGAGUGGAGUAGUUGUACGGUUAUAUGCAAGGCCUGAUGCAAUCCGAAGAGGAUCAGGGGACUAUGCUCUAAAUAUUACAAGGAGACUCAUCGAGUUUUAUGAAGAUUAUUUUAAAGUGCCCUAUUCCCUGCCAAAAUUGGAUCUGUUGGCUGUGCCUAAGCAUCCAUAUGCUGCUAUGGAAAACUGGGGACUCAGUGUUUUCGUGGAGCAAAGGAUACUGCUAGAUCCAAGCAUUUCUUCUAUUUUAUACCUAUUGGAUGUCACCAUGGUCAUUGUACAUGAGCUAUGUCAUCAGUGGUUUGGUGACCUUGUGACUCCAGUUUGGUGGGAGGAUGUGUGGUUGAAAGAAGGUUUUGCUCACUAUUUUGAGUUUGUUGGGACAGACUACCUCUACCCAGGGUGGAACAUGGAAAAGCAGAGAUUUCUGACAGAUGUCCUACAUGAAGUGAUGUUGCUGGAUGGGUUGGCCAGUUCACAUCCAGUAUCCCAGGAAGUGCAGCAAGCCUCAGACAUCGACAGGGUGUUUGACUGGAUUGCUUAUAAAAAGGGUGCAGCUCUGAUUCGAAUGUUGGCUAGCUUUAUGGGUCACUCUGUGUUUCAAAUGGGCUUACAAGACUAUUUAACCAUUCACAAGUAUGGCAAUGCAGCCAGAAAUGAUCUCUGGAACACAUUGUCAAAGGCUUUAAAAAGGGUUGGAAAAUCUGUAAAUAUCCAAGAGGUAAUGGAUCAGUGGACACUACAGAUGGGUUACCCUGUUAUCACUAUCUUGGGAAAUGAAACUACAGACAACAUCAUAGUCAUCUCCCAAGAGCGUUUUGUUUAUGAUAGUGAUACUAAACCCAAGGAUCCUGCCCGUGGGGACAACAGCUACUUGUGGCAGAUUCCAUUAACAAUUGCAGUAGGAAAUACGAGCCACAUCUCAUCAGAGGCAAUUAUAUGGGUGUCUAACAAAUCAGAGCACCACAGAAUUCCUGCUUUGGAAGAGGCAAGUUGGUUGCUGGGGAACAUCAACCAGACUGGCUACUUCAGAGUUAAUUAUGAUAUUAGGAAUUGGAGGCUGCUUAUUAAUCAGCUAACAAGGAACCAUGAGGUUAUCUCUGUCAGUAAUCGAGCAGGCUUGAUUGAUGAUGCAUUCAAUCUAGCCAGAGCUGGUUAUUUGCCUCAAAAUAUUCCUUUGGAGAUUAUGAGGUACCUUUCAGAGGAAAAAGAUUUUCUGCCUUGGCAUGCUGCCAGCCGAGCUCUUUAUCCUCUAGAUAAAUUGCUGGACCGUACAGAAAACUACAAUAUCUUCAAUGAGUAUAUUUUAAGACAAGUGGCAUCAAUGUAUCUGAAGCUUGGAUGGCCAACAAACAAUUUAAACAAAUCACUUGUUCAAGCAUCAUACCAACAUGAAGAGUUGCGUCGGGAAGUCAUCAUGUUGGCCUGCAGCUUUGGGAACAAACACUGUCACCAGCAGGCUGCAACGUUGAUCUCUGACUGGAUUUCUAGCAAUAGGAACCGAAUCCCUCUCAAUGUGAGAGACAUUGUCUACUGUACAGGAGUUUCACUGAUGGAUGAAGAUGUAUGGGAGUUCAUUUGGAUGAAAUUUCAUUCUACUACAGCAGUGUCUGAGAAGAAAAUACUGUUAGAAGCUUUAACUUGCAGUGAUGACAGAAAUUUGCUCAACAGACUUUUGAAUUUGUCUCUCAACUCUGAAGUUGUCCUUGACCAGGAUGCAAUUGAUGUGAUAAUCCAUGUAGCUCGAAAUCCACAUGGAAGGGAUCUUGCUUGGAAGUUUUUCAGAGAAAAAUGGAAAAUACUGAAUGCUAGGUAUGGAGAAGCAUUAUUUAUGAAUUCAAAGCUUGUUAGUGGAGUCACGGAAUUCCUCAAUACUGAAGGAGAACUAAGAGAGCUAAAGAACUUCAUAAAGAGUUACGAAGGGGGAGCUGCUGUCUCUUUCUCUCGUGCUGUGGAAACAGUAGAAGCCAAUGUAAGGUGGCAAAGGCUUUAUAAGGAAGAACUGUUCCAGUGGCUAAGAAAAUCCUUGACACAAUAAUCUGUUUUUUUAGCUAAUCAUAUAACAUGAUUCACUGCAAGAGGAAGAGGAGAAAUUUUAAAAGUGUUCAACAUGAAAAUCAUGAAGACAAGAUCAGAUUGCAGGGAUAAGGUUUUUGGUUUAUUGUUUUUUUCAUUGUGGAUUUUUUUUUUACACUGAAAUCUUGUGAAAUUGUCAGAUUUUCAGAAGAGAAGAUCAUGAAUGCUUGUGAAACCCAGUCCUCAAUGUACAUAACCAAACAUGAUAUUAAGUGGUGCAUGUAAAUGUCGGGGAAAAAAACCAAACAAAAAAUCCUUCAAAGACUAUUUUGUGCAUGCUUGUACUGUCUGCCUGUAUUUUAGCAUGCGUAUGUAUAACAGCAACAUUUCGUAUGUGAGUUCCGGUUACAUCAAAGUUGGGCAUUAUACAAAGCACAAAGACUCUAUGACAAUCACUAUUUCAAUGAACAAAAGGAAAGUAAGGAAAAGGAAAUGCAGAAGGCUUCCAGCUUGGGGUGGUACGAGAUGUAAAAUCAUCUUUCCCACUUGCUGCCAGUUUGUCUACCACUCAGAUUGUCUCUUAAUGAUUGCAAAGAUUCCAGCUCAUUUUUUGAGUUACUAGUUGUAUCUGCAGUCUCCCUGUUCCUUUAUUUAAAUAAGCAGAAUAGUAAGAGAGGAGAAAGAGAAAAGGGCCAGGAGCAGGAUUAGAGAGAGAAAAUGAGAAGGACAUCAUCAUUACAUUAUAAUCAUAUACAUUUGUUCACUGCUGAUCAGUGAAACAAUGUAGUUUCAACUGUGAACGUGUGCUGGGGCAGGAGCUUUGCAUUGAUAACGCAGAAUCCAUGAACCACCUAUUCUCAGCUACUUUACAAGGCACUGAAACUCACAAUGGAUCACCCAGGUCAUCCAGCCUGUGCAGUAGUAAGUUUUUUAGCUCAUAGUGCACAAGUAUUAUAAAUUAACAUAGGAUUCAAAUGAAAAUUAGGAAAAAGGGAGAAUAUCUUGCAUACAAAGACUUAAAAUUAUCCAAGAGGGCUGUCUUGCAUGUGGUAGACCAGUCACUGUAGUGAUUUAUUAUGAUAGACAGGUCUGAUUCUCUAUAUGGGCAAUACUUUUGCAAAUAUGGAAUGUACUAUUUAUGUCAUCAUUGAAAAGUGAAAUAUGGAGAAAGUGAGGGGGUGUACAUGUGUUUAUUUGUGUUUAUUUGACUGAUACUAAGAACAUGGUUUUCUUUCUGUUCCCUUGUACUUCACAUAGACUAUUGUUCAUGAAUGACAUUUUUCUUAAUGAUGUUUGUUUCUUCUCAAUCCUUAAUCUGAAAGAUCAGUGACGCAGUGGAAUUGUACAAUAACUAUCUGCACUCUGGACCUAAAUGCUGAGGAUAAAACUGGUGGGGGCCAAAUACUCUCUCAUGUCUACACUGUGAAGGAAAAACUACAAGAAUACAGUUUUCAGGAGUCAGAUUACAGCGGCUUCAGAGAUAGAAUGUAGAUGUGGGACAGUGUUUCUUUGUCCCGUCCCAACCUAUCCCAACCAUCUGACCACAUCAUGGCUGUGUACAUUGGGAACACGUGGCCCACCAACGCACGGAGCAGCCAUUCUACCUGGUUGUUCCCUCACAAGGCAUGGAAAAUAAUCAACAUGCUUUACACUUACAGUUGCUUAUCCCCAGUAAGUUGUGAAAAGAACCAAACCCAACAAUCUUCAGAUAUUGUCACAGUUACGUGGAGACAGUAUUGUUUUCUGGGCUCUCAUUCCCAAGGUAUUCUGCUCCAUCCCAUAACUAAGCUGUUGUACCGAUAUUGCACCUGUCAUUGUGUGCCCUUUGCUUUCGGAGGCUCUUGUUUGUGGAUUGAGUGCAGUAAAUCCUUGUGGGGCCAUUUGUUCAGCUGUUUGGCGCUGUGUAGCACAUUAGCUUGACUCACAUAUAACCAAAAGAAGAGGCAAUCCUGUGGUCUUCUACUGUUAACUCUUUGCCUUAUAGUAAGUCCUAAACCUUUGUGCUACAUUGCAGUGCUAGUGAACCUGCUGCCCAGAGACAUUAUCAUGUCAAAGCUGAGUGAAAUCCUCCUCCUUCUUUGUAUUUUACCUACCUCACAGGGGUGUUGUGAGGCUUGACAAAUGUUAGCAAAGCACUGGAAUAUCUUCUUAUGAAAGGCAUUUAAAAAGUGAAAAGUAUUAUUUUAUACGGUUGACCAAACUCAACCUUAAUGCCAGUAUGCAGCGUCACAUUUUUAAUUUCUACUGAGAAAAAUCACAUGCAGACUUUUUUUUUUAAUAAUAAAAAUGCAAGCCAAAUACUAUUUAAUAUAACCUCUGCCCUUUAAUGAAGGCCAAAAUUGUGAUAUCCAAAGAGUGUGCAGAAAGCCAAGCCCUCAAAUAUGAAUUGCUUGGAGGAUUUCAGAGAACAGAAGAGUGUGAAAUGGUCUGUACCUUAACACUUUUAGUCAGUAUUGUCUUUGAUGACUUUUCUUUUCCAGAACCACAGAUGGAACAACAUACCUUGCAAGUUCCACAUAAAAGUUUCUGGUCUUCCCACUGAUAACAGUAUAUUCCAAAGUCAAAAGUUCAUUACAGCCUGUGUGUUCUGCACAGUGCACAGAAAUUCCCACUCUUGCUCAUUUGGAUUGAAGUUCUUGCACAUUUAGCUGGUGUUGGAUGUAAAUUGGUAUUUUAGUGGCCUUGAGCAACUGGUCUGCCACAGAUAUCAAGUCCUAAAUGUAUACCUUAUACAUACCUGUUGAUGUGUUGCUUAUAAUUGUUGUAUUCUAAUAAUGUUAGUAUUAUUGCUCUAAGGUUGAACUGGCCUUUCCAUUAUAAUUCUCUAUUAUUUUAUUUUUAUGUUUUGUAUUUUGCUGUUUCACACUGAAUCAGGAUUAUAUUUAAAUGGAUUAAAUCUAAAAACCCAUAACUGUUUUCUGCAAUAUUCAAACAUCCUGCAUUUUAUUACAUGUCUUUAGAAACCUUUUUUAAAGAAGUUUCACACAGCUGUGUGUUAAAGAAUAGUUGAUUCCUCAUGGAAAGUUCUAAUACAAUUUGCUUAGAAAAAUCUAUUUAUCAUACUGAUUUUCUUUCUCUUUUAUCAGUCCUUUUCUUCCCUUGUCCAUGUCUAAAGGCAGUCCUCAUUUUUAUUAUUUGGACUGUGAUUAGGAAGCCAAAUACUUCAUACUUUUCAGCAUUUUCUAAUUCAGUGUUUGACUUUGUCCUUUCUAGUGAGAGGAGAUUGUGCAAAAUGUGAAUGCUGUGUGGACAUGGACAUGGGUGUCAUUUUAUAGAGAUUUGAUGAGGGUAGAAUCUCUAAUCAGCCUUUGUAUGACUCAGGAUCCUUUGUAGUUAUUAAUUGAUAUGGUUUCCAAAAUCAUAUAGGAAGACAUAUGAAUAGACAUGAUUCUAUGCCAGCAUAACAAAAUAGCUAUUGUAUUUUUAUAAAACUGUCCACUACAAGUAUCUGACCUAUUACUUUGUAGCUGGUAGAAUUAUUCAUGUAUCCACUGCUAAUAGCUGUUAAAAUGGUAGUAGCUACUAAUUGUGACAAGGGCAGAAUUCUGUGAAAACAUUUUUGUGAAAUGACAUGUCAUUUCUGCUAUUACUGGGAGUACUUGGACAUUAAUUAUGAUUAAAAAAAAAACUUCAUAUGUUCUCAAGUGCAUCUAAAUUUGUGACCUUUGAUUAUCAUUUCUGCUAUUACUGGGUGUACUUGGACAUUAAUUAUGAUUAAAAAAAAAACUUCAUAUGGUCUCAAGUGCAUCUAAAUUUGUGGCCUUUGAUUAUCUUUUCAGUGAAUAUAGCAAGAAUUCUGAUAUUACAUGGAAACUGAAAGUGAAUUUGUGUUGUUUUUGGUCUGUUGUAGAUAUUCCACUGGUCUUUAAAGUGCCAAAGGAAAUAUGCCCUGAUGUAGAAGGGUGCUUUCACAGCAAAGAUCCUGAACCAUACAAUUAAGUCUUUAGUAGUAAGUAAUAAAAAAUGAAGAGUGUGUAUAUGUGUGUGUGUGUGUGUGUGUGUGUGUGUGUGUGUGUGUGUGUGUGUAAAAUCCU